UUUUUCUCCCGUCCUACCUUCAUCCACACCUCGGAUCGGUGGAUCGACCGAUCGAUCGACGGGUGGUGGCACGUUGUUUUCUUCUCCAUCCAUCCAUCCAUCCACUCGGUGGCUAUGGCGUAGGGAGGAAAAUCACGAAAAAGAGGAUCACUCGGACGGAUUCUUUUCUCUCUCUCUCUCUUUUCUUCUUCUUGUUCUACUUCUUUGAUCUUCUUCUUCUCUGCUGCUCUGCCGUCCAUGGUGGUAUGGUGGUGAUGUGGUGGCGUGCAAGGUGAGGUAAAGGGGGUGUGGUGGUGGUCGGCUCGGCUGUUUAUCCAUCCAUCCAUGGAUGCCGGUGAGGGUGGCGGCGCGCCCGCCGCCGCCGCCGCCGUGUCGAAUGGGUUUGUUCACGCCGUCGUGCGGUGGUGCUUCUCUCCGCUCUUCUUCUGGCUGUUCACCGUCGCUCUCGUCGCCGCCAUCCACCUCGCCUCCACCUACAUCUCUCCCUCCAGAGACGAAGAGGACAAGGAGAAGAAGGCGCGGCGCGGCGGCGAUUUCGCCGGAGCCGGGGAGGAGAGGGAGGAGGAGGAGGUGGGAAGGAACGACGACAAGAUUCUGGAGAUGAUGCGGAGCUUCAGCUUCAUGCAUGCGAGCGAGGAGGAUUUCAUGGAGGGGAUGGCUACGUACGACCACGUCGUCGCCAGGAUGGCGCCGGAGCCGCUGCCGCUGACGCCGCCGGCCGCGCCGCCGCCGUCGACGUUCAGCUUCAGGUUCCAGCACCAGUUGCCCGAGAUUCUCCGGGAGACGGCCGUGGUCUCGGGUGAAAUACCUGUGCAAGUAUUGGAAGAACACGAGCCGGAGAAGAAGCCGGCGAUUGCGAUGGAAUCGAAGCAAGAACGCGAGCGCGAUGCAGAGGAGAGAGAGGUGGUCAUGGAGGAGGAGGAAGAAGAGGAGCAGAGUAGAGAGGUCGUGGAGGCGGCGGCGGCGGCGCCGAUGAUCGUGUCGACCACGCACAACUACCGGUUCUUGACGGAGCGUGACUUCCGAGGGUUCGUCAAGGAGCCGGAGGCCAUCACGGUGCGCGUCCAGGAAUCCUUCGUGCCAUCGCCGGAGCUGGAGGCGGUGGCGGUGGCGGCAGCGGCGCAGCCGGAGGAGCGGCGAGUGGUCGACGGGGCGCCACGGCGCGGCUUCCUCACGACCAACGACUUCCGCCCGGCGAACGAGCCGGAUAGCGCGCGCCAGAGCGUGGCGUCGCAGCUGGGGCGGAAGCCGGCGGCGAGCUCCCCGUCCGCCGCGUCGAGGGGCAGCGCCGCCGCCGCCGUGAGCGGGAGGACGAGCUUCGCGUCGGAGUUCUCCGGCUUCGGCGGCGACUCCGACUCGGAGUCAACCGCCAGCGACGGGUACUCGGUGAAGGACCUCGUCGUCGACUCCGACAGCGACUGGUUCCUCUCGGAGAAGGACUUCCCGGCGGCGGCGGUGGCCGGGCACGACGCCGGCAGCCUCAGGGGCUAUUACAAGGCCAAGGUGCUCAAGGCCCUGGAAGCCCUCGACGCGUCGGCCUCCAACCUGGAACGUUCGUUCCAGGACUCGGCGACGACGGUGUCGCCGGGCUCGGUCGUCGGCCAGGCCUCGCCGGACAUCAUCGGCGCCGCCGACGACCCCGCCAAGUACCCCGAGGACAUGUGGUCCCGGAGCCCCUCGCCGGACGUCGAGUACAACGAAGACGAGCACAAGGGAAACGAGGCGACGAACAUGGCGGAGGAGGUGAGCUUCGACAUGAGCGACGACGAGCGGCCGCCCGCCUCCGGCGGCAAGAAGACGACGGCGAUGGCAGCAUCAUCAUCAUCAUCAUCACCGGUGCACGACGCCGAAUCUGAAGAUGAGAACAGCUUGGAUCAUUCGGAGAAGGAAACCAUCACGAUACAUGAUCAUUCGUACGAAUCUGUCUCCGAUGUCAAGAGGAGGAGCCCAGAAGCAAUCUCUGACGCAGAAUUGGAUGAUGCCUCGUCUCGCCAUGCUGCUGUUCUUGAUGCCAAGGUAAGAAGCCCGGACGUUCAUUCAUCUGAACCCAUCUUUGACAAUUACGAAGAACAUGAGGUCUCAAAUGAUCAAUCACAAGCGGCAGUUUCUGAUGAGAAGAGAAGCACACCGCAUUCGGAGAGAGAAUUUGCUGGUACAGACGAUCGCUCACACGAACUCAUUUCUGAUGUUUGGAAAGAUAUUGUCGGUGCAAAUGAUCAGUCAUUAGCAUCAGCUCACGAUGAAGAAAGAAGUCCUGAUCAAUCGGUUGCGAUUAUUUCUGAUGAUCACAAAGCAAUUGUCAGUGCUACGAAUGAUUCCUCAAAUGGAGAAGUUUCUGAUCAUAAGAGCACCCCAGAGACUGCAGAGCAGGAAUUCAGUGGAAAUGAUGAUCCAUAUGAACUAGUUGCCGAUGCAAGGAUCAUUUCAGAGCGUGCAGAAGAAGAUGAUAUCCCAAAUGAGCGUCCAGGGAACGCCACUCGGCAUGUCACCUUCUCCGUCGCCGAGAAGGGGAAGGUGUUGGACGUGGUGGAGGAGGAUCAAGAGGACAAGUGGAAGGAUUUGACGGAAGAGGAGGAGGACGAGCUGGAGUCACUGUGGGAGCACCAGGAUCUGAUCGAGCAGCUGAAGCUGGAGCUGAAGAAGGUGCGGUCGAUCGGGCUACCGACGAUCUUGGAGGAGUCGGAGACGCCGAAGGCACCGAUGGAGGAUCUCAAGCCAUGGAGGAUCGACGCCAAGUUCCUUCGCGAGGACCCAAUGGACGAGCUGAAUAAGUUCUUCAAGAGUUAUAGGGAGAGAAUGAGGAAGUUUGACAUAUUGUGCUAUCAGAAGAUGUAUGCAAUAGAUUUUCUUCAGUUCAGAGGGCCUCAACAAUCGGCAAAUUCUCUAAAAUCCUUAUCACCAACGGUGACAUCCAUCCUGUCUCACAAUUUCCGGUCGUCACGUCGAAAAUCACCCGAGGACCCGUCAGAAAGGUUUCUCAAGGAGCUCCGGUAUGACUUGGAGACAGUUUACGUCGGCCAAAUGUGCCUAUCAUGGGAGUUCCUUCGGUGGCAGUAUGAGCAGGCCCAUGACCUGCCGGAAUCCGAUCCUUACCACAGCCAUCAGUACAACCAGGUGGCAGGGGAAUUCCAACAAUUUCAGGUAGUUGUGCAGAGGUUUGUGGAGGAUGAGUCCUUCAAGGGCCCUAGGUUGCCAAACUACAUCAAUAACCGAUGUGUUCUUCGAAAUCUCUUGCAAGUACCAGUAAUAAAAGAGGACAGCUUGAAGGACAGGAUGGAGGAUCAGCGUAAGGGGAACUAUGUCAUAACGAGCGAGGAGCUGGAGGAGAUCAUGGAGGAAUGCAUGCGCGUCUUUUGGGAGUUCAUCAGGUCCGACAGAGUCGAGACGACGUCGGUGCUCAAGGGCUUGUCGAGCACUCAUGUUGAGCUCCAGGACCCUUUAGACCAUGAUCUUAUGAUGCACAUCGACUCCACGUUACAGAAGAAAGAGAAGAGGCUGAAGGAUCUCCUGAGGACCGGCAACUGCAUAGUGAAGAAGUUCAAGAAGCCCAAGGAGGACACCUUGAACCAGAGCCUCUUCUUCUCGCAGGUCGACAUGCGGCUCGUGGCACGGGUCCUGCGGAUGCCGAGGAUCACCAGCGAGCAGCUGCAGUGGUGCAAGGCGAAGCUGGACAAGAUCGCACUUGUAGAUAGGAGGAUCCACAGGGAGGCUUCAUUUUUGUUGUUCCCCUGUUGAGAAUACAUAUAUAAAUACACAUGCUUCUUUUGUUCAUUUUUCCCCCCUCCAUAAAUCAUCUCCACCAUGUAAUCCACGGCUUGUAGAUUUUUCUUAACCUUUUAGUAAUCCAGGUCUCUUUACACAUGUCCAGUAAAUUACAAAUUGUAACAUGGUAAAACAGCUCAUAAACCACAGAGUCCACACGGUACAGUACUUACAGUACCCUAGCUAGAAAAUCAGAGUGUAAUAAAUCAGCAUUUCCUCUCAAGAGGAAACAUCUACCUCAGAAUGCACAGAUUUCUACUACAUCUGAAGAUGAACUGUGUUCAUGUAA